AUGUCCUCUUUGUUUGAUCAUGGGUGGAUCAGGACUGCGGCAGUGGAGCAGGUGGUCGCACCAAUCGCAAGUCAUUUAUGCUACUUGGUUCUGCUGUGUGACAGCGCAGAGGAACAUGAGCAGUUCAGCCAGCUGGAGGGUGCAGCUCAGGUUGUGGCUAAAGCUACUGAGAACCUGGCAGCAGUGGCCUCCAGGCAAAUAAGUGACACAGAGGAUGAAGUUUUACACAUGGAGAUGUCGUCCCUGUUGGAGUCAGUCGCUGUGUCUGGACAACAUGUGCUGCUGGCAGCCCAGAAACUCAGCAUCCAGCCCAGUUUGACUGAGCACAGAGAGGAACUCAUCACUGCAUCACAAAACGUCUUCCUGGGAGUAGUCAAAGUUCUGUUAGUGGACGAUGAUGCUACUGUCAGGAGAGUUGUAGCUGCUGCUGAUGGAGUUUUGGAGUGCCUCUCUGAGCUUGGCUCCGCCUCGGACAUCAAGUCUCUACUUAAAUCGUUCCAGGUGUUUUCUGAGGCUCUGCUUCUCCUUAACAGUCUGACAGUGGAGAGAGCAAAUGCCUUAAAGGACCCCAGACAAAUGAAACAGCUUCUUGAUUCCUUGGAGACCCUGAGAAAGUGCAUCUCCAUGCUGCACACGGCCAUGUGCACAAGCAUCAAACACCCUACAAGCGAGCAGGCACAGGGAGCAAAGAGGUACAUUCUAGACAAGGUGCAGAGUACUGUGAGUGACAUUAUUAUAACCCUGAAAAGUGAAUGUCAUGGUGAAUCACUGGGUCCUUGUGGGUUUUACACAGGGAGGAAGAACAGUCUGUUGCAACUACUUGCUAGUUCCCCCACCACCUCAAUCCGAGGCAGUGGCUUUGACAGCCUGGUGAGAGAUCUUGUGUUUCACUGCAUGGUUGUUGCAAACUCAUCUCGUAGAGAGUUUCAACAAAAAGUGGUGGGUCAUUGUCGUCACAUCCUGCAGUUCUGGUCGGACAUAAAAAUGAUUUUAAAGUCCUCAAAGGAUGAUUCUGAGCAGGGCCUUGAGAGGACUGCUCUGUUGGUGCAGCAUAUCCAAAUGCUUGACAAAGUUUUGAUGACUACUGUACUUUAUCAAGUCUUAGACACAUUUCUGACCGCAUCUUCUACGGUGGAGGAACUUUUAAGUUUGAUUAGACAGCUCCUGGUUGCAAAUUCUUCUACAGAGAUGGAUCUGAACUUUAUUCAGCCACUAGUUGAGGACUUCAUAUCUUUCACUGAUAGAAUAAUCCAAGUGGCUAAUUUUAUCUCAGCUGUGGCUGUUGAUGCGAAGAGUUUCGAGAAUGUGGAGAACUCACGAGUAUGCCUCACAAGACUUAGAGCUCGCAUCGCAGCUCUUUCACUGGAGCUGGCAGAUAAUUCAAUGCAAACUGUCCAAAAGCUUCAUGAGGUGUGCCAACAAUGGGAGGAGGAGACUUGCCAGCUUCAGGAGGCUCUCAGUGAUGUAAUGGAUGUGAAGGAGUUCACCAGUCUCGCUAUUGACGAGGUUGUCAAUGAUCAGCAUGGAUGUGACGCAGCAUAUAGAGAACAGAACUACAAACUGUUUAACCAACAUGCAACAAACCUUAUCUGUCACAUGAAGCUGGUGGUUCACUCAGUGAGGAGGCACUUGGACAGAAGUGAUGACCCCAUCUACAGGAAUGGCCUCCUGGUCCUGCUGAAAAAGGUACAAUCAUCUCGAACCAAAGUGGGUGAGUCAUUCAGAGACAUGGUUUUCGGUUCCACUCUAAAUGUGGAGGUAUAUUCUACUUUUACAGAUAAUGUUUCGAUGGCUAUUCAGCACUUCAAAGUGCUCAGAAAGGGGCUGGAUGGCCAACAGCAUCCACAUCUCCUGAGCCCACUGCGAGAGGAGGCACGUCAGCCUGAAAUCUCACCUUCAUGUCUACAAGUCACAGGCACUUGUGAACUGAACCUGGCUCAAAGAGGCUCUCCUGUUUUGAAGGUCAUGAAGAAGGAUUCCCAAACUGAAAAGGAGGAGGAGAACUCAGAUGAGGAAACCCCAGAAGCAGAAAUGGCUCAUAAAUGUGACAUCAAUGAUUUAAAGCUCCCAGCUGUCUCUGAUGAGCCAAAACUGAUUUACAAGCCUCUUGAAAUUGACCUUUUACCCCUCCUGUAUAAAGUUGUGACUGUGACUAAAGGGAAAGAUGUGACAGAACUGAACCAGGCCUGCACUGGUGUUCUUGAGAUGUCAAACUGUUACGCUCAAGCCGCAAAGGAAGCCUUGGCCAUUGUUGAUGCGGUCGAUUGUCAGACGUUGGAAAGUUUUAGAGCAGAGCUUGUGUCACUGACUCCACUGCUCGUCCAGACAGCUCAGGAGACGGCGAUGAGCUCAGCGAUGAGCACGGAGAGCAUCUACAAACACAGCACACAGUUUACUGAUCUUAUUAACAACACCCGAAAGGUUUUACUGCCAGUAGCUGGAACCUGGUAUCAUACUGUUUACACUGAGCUGCAAAGAAAUCUGACAACAAUGCCAGCCACUGUUACACAGCAACUGAAUGAAGUGAUGACUUUAUGUGCUGACGUGGUCCAGCUGUUAACAUCGUCUGAUUUAACCAUGCAAAGUGACCGUCAAGAAACAUUCAGCAUUUUACACAACAAGCUGAACAAAGCCCGGAACAACACAAAGUAUCUGGUGGACCUUUCCACCUCAUUGAAAGGACAAGUAGACCAAUUGGAGGGACCCUGCAUCCUCUGGGGCCUGUCUAUUCAGGUUUUGCUGAACUCACUUGAUAAGAUUUUGGGAACAUCAACUGCAAUGAACCAGUUGAGCCCUCAGAAACAGCUAUCAGUGUUGUCUGAGAACUUGCUUCGAAUUCAAGAGGCAGCAAGGCUAACCAGCCUGAAUUGUAAAAGUGCAUACAAAUCAAAACAGUUAAUAGGAUACCAGGAUGAACUAAAAACCCUGACUGAAGCUUAUCUUAAAGCUGCCGAAGAGCUCGACACAACGCUUAGUGUGAUGCAACUUGCAAAAUCAGAAUUCUUUCAGAGAAAUCUUUUGAUUAAAAUGAGAGUGCUUUCUGGCCAUUUAAGCAAAGCAAAUAAGGAUUAUGACACAGCACUUCAAAAUAUUGUCAGCAUGGCUUAUUUUGCUGCUGAACACUUUAGGAAGAACAACACAGACGACGCCGAGCAAAAAUUUGACAAUGCAGCUCAAACACUUUUUGAAAGUGUAAAACCCGCAACCAAACAAGUUGAGGACUGCUUACACUUCAUCCGUGACCCGCGUGCCCGUUCUAACCUGAGGUCUAUCAACGAUCACCUGUCUUUUCAGAUCUCAGAUAUAAUCAGCAGGGCGAGGCUCAUGAUAGAGACUCACUACAUUUGUGACACACUCAGUCUGGAUGUGCAGGUACAGUGCUGGUCAGCCAAAGCUCACUAUGUGGUGGAGGAGAUCAGGAAGCAGGAUGGGAUUCACCUAGAGACUAAAGAGCACAUCAUGGCCGGUCUACAGGGCAGAAGACCUGAGUAUAUCAAAGAAGUGUUGGCUACAGUCCCAUCUAACGUCAAAGAAGUGGAAUUUCCCAAGGCAAUGACACCUUGGCAGAAAGGCAACACAGAUGCUGCAGAACUAAAUGUGAACAUGGCACCUGUUGCCAAAUAUGGACCUGGAAAUAUGGAAAAAUACGUAGGUAUCUCAUGAUUAACACAAUUAGUGUUUCCUUCAUUUCUCAAAAAUGACAUCCCUAUUUUUCUUUGUAGGAUGGUGUCCUGUCUUGCGCAUACAAAGAUGCUCCUUCGCUGACCUACACUUCGCUUUUUUUAAAGCAAGAAAGUGACAGCUGGGAUCCGCAGGACAACCGAAUUGUCCAGGUGACCAGGAAGAUGGCUGACACACUAUUUUACAUGACUCAGUACUUGAGGAAGAGAGGCCCAAUACCGAAUAAAGAGGCAUUUGUCAACGCAGCUAAAGAUGUUAUCUCAAACUGCCAGUCAGUAACUCAGUUUAUCAGAGUUAUUGCCAACCACUGCCUGGAUAAACAGUGUACGGUUGAACUCUCCCUCAUAGUGGAGCAGAUUCUCACCAUUACCAACCAGCUCAACAUCAUCUCCAGGUCAGAUAAGCAUAGACAUAAAUCACAAACUAGAAACUAAGCUAGACAACACGUAAAGGUAAUGAGACAUAUGUUCUUCAUGUUUACUUAGUGUCAAUGCUGUAACACCUGGGUGCAAAUCAUCUGAUGAGAUCCUGGUGAAGAACACACAAAAUCUACUCCAGACCGUCUUGCGUGGGGUCCAUGCUGCAGAGACAGCCUGCAUUACAGUAAAUCUAACAUCAAAAACAAUUCUGUAAUGAUACAAGGUCUUCUCCAUCAUGUACUAGUGAUAUGAUACAGCUUAAACUAUGUUAUGUGAAUUGUUUCCUAGGCCAUUAAAGCUGCAAAAUUACUCUUGUCCCAGGGUUUGAAGCAGCCUGAGCCAAACUCAGAUGGUGCAGAGGCUACAGCCUUGUGUUUCCAGUGGAGGAGGAAGCUGGAGAUCCAUCGAGCCCUGCAGACCUCUAACCCAGAGACCGAUGAGCUGGGUUUGAGGAAGACCUCAUCCCACCCGGUAGCACCCACUCUUGCCCUGCCAGUUUGCU